GUCUUGUGAUGCAUUCCGAGUGCCGCGUAUGUGUUGCUCUCUUAGACACACGCUCAAUGGCUGCUUACAAAGACUCCGCAGCGCCUUUCUCUCUGCACGCGUACCACGUCUCGGAGGAACUGGGCUUCGUUUUACCAGAACCUAUGCAAGAACUUCCACCUUACUACCAACCAUGGAUGGACAUUGCCCAUCAAGUCCCAGAGCUUGUUCUCGCACAUGAAUUGCGCUCGCGUAUUGAGAAGAUGCCUCAACUGAGCAUCCAGUUCCUGCAGAGACAUAGGGAACUCCGGCUUGCCCACCUGGCCCUCGGUGUCAUGACCAUGGGAUAUGUUUGGCAGGAGGGUGAGAUCGACACAGUCAAGAUGCUGCCGCGCACUCUGGCUGUUCCAUACUGGGAGCUAUCCCGACGCUUAGGCCUGCCUCCAAUUCUCACCCAUGCUGACGCCGUGCUAGCAAACUGGCGCAAGAAGGAUCCAAAGGGGCCGUUAGACAUUGGGAACUUGGAGCUGCUGGUCAGUAUUCCUGGAGGUGAAAAUGUGCGAGGCUUCUUCAUCGUCACGCUAAUGGUGGAGCUCGCAGCCAUUCCUGCUCUGAAGAGCAUUCCUAAAGUCAUCAAUGGUGUCAGAUGUGCUGAUACUAAAGCUGUGGCCCAAGCCUUAGGAGACAUCAGCCAAUCUAUGGACAAAAUGGCCAAGUGCCUCAGACUACUGCACGAACAUGUGGAUCCUGCUGUCUUCUAUGGCAUCAUGAGGAUCUUCUUAUCUGGAUGGAAAGACAACCCGUGUAUGCCAAAAGGUCUGGUUUACGAAGGCGUCCAAACAGAACCAAUGGAGUAUUCCGGAGGGAGCGCCGCGCAGAGCAGUUUACUGCACUGCUUCGAUGAACUUCUGGGAGUCAAACAUGAAGCGAAAAGUGGUGCCUUUCUAACAUGCAUGAGAAAUUACAUGUUACCUGCUCACAAGCAACUCAUCCGGGACAUCUCGUUGCAACCCUCCCUGAGAACGUUUGUGCAGCAACACGCCGACCAGCAGCUAACUGAAGCCUUUCAGGAAUGCAUCAGCAAAUUGUUGGCUUUGCGCAACUAUCACAUCACCGUCGUCACUCGCUUCAUCACAAUCCCCGCCGCUAAAGCCCGCCAACUACGGAACCAGAGCAAGGAGGCCGAAGCGCUGGAGACGGUCAGCAUGGCCCCCGUGGCGCUGGAGGAACGGGGCACCGGCGGCACCGGCAUCAUGAGCUUCUUAAAAACUGUGAGGAAUGAAACCAGAGACACUCUGCUGCCGGCAACGAGCCAAGCCACGACGCACAAUAGCUGAAGCGGGAAAUCACAAGGGAUUACUCAGCCUAUCAUUUUAUAUGGGAUUUGUAAUUGCAUUUUUAGUAAACAUUUCGAAAUAAAGCGACACAUUUUGAGGAAAAGAAAAAAAUGAAUACCGUAAUUUUCGGAGUAUAAGUCGCACCGGAGUAUAAGUUGUACCAGCCAUAAAAUGCCCAAAAAAGUGAAAAAAAAACAUAUAUAUGUAUAUAAAUCGCUCCUGAGUAUAAGUCGCCCCCCCCACCCAAACUAUGAAAAAAAACGCGACUUAUAGUCCAAAAAUUACGGUAGUUAUCAGAGUUCAGAGCCGUUUUCAUGUUCUAAGGCAGGGCUGUCAAACUUAUUUUUGGGCUGCAUCAUAGUUUCCUUCGGAGGGCCAUUGAAAUUGCCAAGCCAAAUAAAUGUGUGAAUGUGUCAUUAUAUUUUGUGUCGGCUACACAACAAACAAAUGACUACCUAGUUUUCAAAACAGAGACUAAGGGAAAACGGUUCAAAUAUUUGAAGAAUAUGAAUGUUAAUUAGUAAUGUUAGUAUUGACAUGAAUUUGAUGCACAAUUUGUGUUUGCGGGCCACACCAAAUGAUGUGGCGAUCCCUAUCUGGCCCGCGGGCCUUGUGUUUGAUACCUGUGUAAGGGAAUGGGAAGUUGUACAAUAACCUAUGGGGUCCCACUCUUGUUGUUUUCUAGAUAAUACACGCAAAAUAUUAGACUGGCAGCUUGUUUAAAUGGUAAAAUGUCAUGAAAAGAUGACUUUUGCCAUUGUGAUAGUAAGAGGCCCUUUUGCUUGACGUUUUAUUUUGCCCGUAAACAAGCCUUAGCCGCAUAGACGUGAGCGCCACCCAUUAUUUAGUCCAAACCAUAAUUCAAACCAUUUCUGUUACUUUCUAUGAAAUUCAACCGCUAACUCCUCGUCUCAUUUGAAGUGUAAUCCAAGAAAGGCAUUGUCUUGUCCCAAAUCUGUGUCGCUGGAUAGCAAAAAAGAGGUAAUUACUGAAAACCAAAACUUCUUGGGAGGUUAUUUACAGAUUUGGUUCAAGUAAAGUUUCGAGCGACCCAAGAUGCUUCCUAUUUAGCUUUAGGAAGAAAAGGGCAAAAUUGUAGGCAUGUUAAAUACAGGAUAUUCAUUUCCAUUCAUCCGUUUGUGGCUGAAGCGCUUGGAGCAGAC